AUGUCCUCAGCUACGGAUUCGAAUGCAAUCGUGUCCUCGCGAGAGACAAUCACGAAUGGUCAUGACGCCGCUAGGAAGACCUCUCUCUACAGCUGUACAGUCUCGUUUGCUAUGAAACACCAUUGCCCAUCAGGUACGAGAAGCGACUGCGCUCAGCUAUGCCAGGACAUGCUCAAGCAGAUUCGCAUCACCCCGACGAUACGUUGCCAGAACGACAAGACAGUUGUAGCAAAGGUCGCGCCUUCAGCCAUGAGUUUCGAACCUGGUACUCUUGACUCGGACUCUCUCAGCGGUAGUACUUGCGAUUGUCAGGUGGUGCUUUUUCUGGAAUACAAGUCGUCCACCGCUCAAUGCCAGACUGGCAGCUUGGUGCAAGAUGUCAAGAACAGCUUGAAAAGCAAAUUCAAAGAAGACACUGAGGCUCAAAAUGCAGACUUUGUCGAGAAAGCCGAUACAUGCAACCAGUAG